AUGUUCUCCGCUUCAAGGAAAGUCGCUGGCCAGCCCAGACUUUGUCUGAGGCUUGCCGUCCGAAGACCACUCCCCCACAGAUCAUAUGCCACGACACAGCUCGAUCUGCCCGCGCUAGAUGAGAAAUGGCGCAAGACAUGGAAGAACAGGGAGAACUUCGACCGACGGCGUCUGGAUGCCCUCGGAAACGACCCGGCCACCCUCGAAGCCGAACCCGACAAGUCCACCGGCCAACAUUUGUACAUACUACCUAUGUGGCCAUACCCCUCCGGCAAGCUACACCUCGGACAUCUCCGAGUAUAUACAAUCGCCGACGUCAUUGCUCGCUGGCGCAGGUUGCAGGGCCGCAAUGUGCUGCUGCCAAUGGGCUGGGAUGCGUUUGGCCUGCCCGCCGAGAAUGCGGCAAUCGAAAGAGGCAUAGAUCCGGCCGAGUGGACGAGAGACAAUAUUGCUUGCAUGAAGGAGCAGCUAGGGGUGAUGAAUGCGAGCUUUGAAUGGUCCAGGGAAAUCGCAACCUGCGACCCCGAGUUUUACAAACAAACCCAGAGGAUCUUUCUCCUCCUUCUACGAAACGGACUAGCUAGUCAGCAGGAAGCCCUCGUCAAUUGGGAUCCAGUGGACAAUACGGUUCUUGCCAACGAGCAGGUCGACUCCGAGGGACGCUCAUGGAGAUCAGGGGCCAAGAUUGAACAGCGCAAACUCAAACAGUGGUUCUUCCAUACGACCAAGUAUAAAGAGGCACUCCUACGAGACCUCGAGGAGCUCGGCAAAGAUGACGCUUGGCCCGAGAGGGUCCUGAUAAUGCAGCAAAAUUGGCUUGGUCUGAGCAAGGGCGCCAACAUUUUGUUCCCUACCAACAUUGAAAAUGUGCCCAGUCUGCAGAGAGUUGAGAUAUUUACUUCGAGGCCGGAGACCGUAUUUGCUGCUCAAUUCAUCGCACUAUCGCCAGACUCACCCGCCGUCCAAAGCUUGGCGUCUCGAGACCCCGACCUUCGUGACUUUCUAAAGCGAACAAAAGAUACCCCAGGAGACACCACGGAAGGGUACCGACUGCCAAACAUCAAAGCUCACAGCCCUUUGCAUUAUCUUGACGGCGACAUACAUUUACAGUUUGAGCAUGUGCCCGUAUAUGUUGCCCCCUAUGUCCGCGGAGACUACGAGACUGGCGCCGUGAUGGGAGUUCCCGCCCAUGACGCCAGAGACUGGGCAUUCUGGAAGCGACAUCACCCCGAGGAGCCUGUGAAGUACGCAGUCACGCCAGACUAUAAAGGUUUCCCCCCUCAACAAGACCGUCCCUAUCUAGAAGCAGGAUACAUGACCCAUCUCGCCCUUGGAUAUCAUCAGCAAAGGUCGGAUGACGUUGUGGACGAUCUCAUUCGAAGGAUGAAGGCGGCUUCAAAUUUGGCAAAACCCCGUCCAUCAUGGAAAAUUCGAGACUGGCUCAUCAGUAGACAGCGAUACUGGGGCACGCCAAUCCCGAUUAUCCACUGCAGCAAGUGCGGACCACAGCCGGUGCCAGACGAUCAGCUCCCGGUCAAGCUUCCCAAAGUUGACCAUCAUUGGGCAAAAGGCCAGACCGGUAAUCCACUCGAGUCUGCCACAGACUGGAUCAAUACGACUUGUCCAAGCUGCCUGGGUCCUGGUAAGAGAGACACCGAUACAAUGGACACCUUCGUGGAUUCAAGCUGGUAUUACAUGAAGUUUGCAGAUCCUCACAACUCGGAUUUUCCGAUCUCGGAAUUAGCAGCCAAAAACAGGCUACCGGUGGAUUUGUACAUUGGCGGUGUGGAGCACGCGAUUCUUCAUCUACUCUAUGCAAGAUUUAUACACAAAGCCGUGAUGGGUAUCACGUAUCCUAAACGAACUGUGUACACACAGAAGGAUGCAGAUCGAAAGGUGAAGGAACUAGAGCAAGAACGUCAAAGGCCACACAAGGAUAGACGUUCGAAUGUGGGACAGAAACUGACUAUGAAGGCAAUAAGGGCCAUUGGACGGAAUGGUUUGCCUGACCUGGUCGAGACACCCAGAGACUGCUCUGCGGAACCGUUCAAGCGUCUGAUAACGCAAGGCAUGGUACAUGGCAAGACCUACGUGGAUCCUGACACCGGCCGCUUCCUGAAGCCAGACGAGGUCGACCUAUCGAACCCGUCGAAGCCUAUUGUGCUGGCAUCAGGGAAACCGGCAAGGGUCACUUACGAGAAGAUGUCGAAGUCUAAGCAUAAUGGGGUUGAUCCGACGACUUUUAUCGCAAAGUACGGCGCCGACGCCACUAGAGCUCAUAUCCUGUUCCAAGCUCCCGUUGGGGAGGUACUGAACUGGGAUGAGGACAAGAUAUCUGGGAUAACGCGGUGGAUGCGCCGAGUGUAUGAUCACGUCCAGACGCUCGCGGCUACGGAAGAUCUAGCCCCCGAGUCACGUAAAUACUUGAACGCCAAGAAUUACUUCAACCGUUCCCCAGACGCAUUGCGCAGAAUGACCAAGACGGAAGCUGCACAGUACGCUGCCGAUGUCGAGGUCUGGCGCACGACACAGAAUGCCAUCAUCUCCGUCACAACGGCAUUCCAAAAGGUCUACCCGCUCAACACUGUGAUCUCCACACUGAUGGGUCUCACCAACACGAUCCUCGAGGGCCGGGCCACUUCGGGGUUCAUCCUACACAAGGCCACGGUGCGACUGCUUCGAAUGAUGGCGCCGAUCACCCCGGCGUUUGCCGAGGAGUGCUGGAGCAUCCUACCCGGCACCAACAAGAGCAUCUUCGACAGCAACAGGUGGGGGUGGCCCGCGCCGGACGGGUCGCUCUGGCUGCUGCAGACAAACCGCCGCAAGUGCGCCGUGCAGGUCAACGGCAAGCUGAAGUGCGUGGUGGAGAUCCCGACCAGGCCGUCGGACCUCGCCGAGGACAAGGCGUACAGGCAGUGGCUCACGCAGGAGAUUAUGGAGACCGCCGAGGCGCAAGAGAAGCUGUCCGGCCCUGCCUCCAACAUCCGCAAGGCGACGAAGAUGUUUGUCAUCAGAGAUGGCGCGCUCGUGAAUUACAUUGUCCAGGAGGAACGGGGUGCCCUGAUGCUCGACUAG